CCCGCUCAGAUGCAGAUCCCUCUUUCCGUUCUACGCCCCCUCCGACACCCUAACGUCGCCGCCCCAAUGCACCGCCUCUCCUCUCCCUAGCGACGCCUCCUCUCUUCCAUGGCAUCUCGCUGGUGGCCACCAGCGCUUGCGCGACGACUCGUCCCGCCUGUCCGUCGUGUUUCCUCUGAGGUCACAGAUGGGAACCCCAGUGGCUGCGGGGAAGAUCCAAGGAGCGCAACCAAGGGUCGUACGACUGAAAUCUUGAUCAUGGAGGACGAAGAAGAAGUCAGCGACAUCGAUUACACCGUGGAAGUUAAUGCUAUUCCACAGAGCAGUCACCGUGAUGGCUCUAUCUACAGGGGCAUGCGUCGUUCUGGCUGGAAAAGGGAUUAUCGCGUCGCAGACCGUAGCGAGACUCGGUUGGAGGCAAUGAUGUUUUCAGAUCCCACAAAGGGCAUGAAAGAUUGUUGUAACAUGCUGCAAAUUUUCGCAUUGGAGUUGGCUAAAAUUCCUGGGGAUAAUGGCUUAGUAGAGUUAUAUGGAUACAUAGCAGCGCGGGAUGAAGUGGAUAUGUUGCUUAAUUAUGUCGUCAAUAUUUGCAGGAAUGAUCCCAUCAUUGUGGCGCAGGGUUCUCUCAUUUGCAUGGCUAGUGGCCCUAGGCGAGGGAUGGAGUUGGCGAACUGUGCAAUAAUUGAGUAUGACAUGAGGAUCAAAAGAGGCAGACAUGAAAGAGAUGACCUACAACUGAUCGACGGCGCAAAAGAUUUUUACAUCACGAGCACAUGGAAUCGGCCGUUCACAAUUAACAUCCGUGGCAACUGUGGUGGUGCGGUCGGCAUGACUUUAGCAUGUCUUCACAACGCGGUCGAGGCAACUGUAGAGGUUCUUAUAUCAGAAUUGCAUGGCAGUUUCAACAUGUCUCUCAGAUGUUUUACUAGCAGGUUCUAUAAAGAGAUCCGACUGUUUGAUGGCGUCGUUAUCGAGUCUUGUGGCUUGAAGAGGUAUCUGGUUGCGGUAAUGAAGAUGUCUUUCAUACGUUUGAAAUUCAAGGUACACACACCGUCAUCCAGUUCCAAGUCAAAACUUUGUUGUACCUUCAAGGCGAAGACCAAUGGGCAUAAUACCCGAGAGAUAGACUGAUUUUGCAGUGAUCUCAGUGAAGGUGACUUGGUCGACGCUGCCUAAUAGCUUUCCCGGCUAAGGUUGUUUGUCGGACCGUACUUGUGUCUGUGAUGAGCGGACAAUGGGAUUAACAACGUACUUAGGCAAUGUGGAGUCAUGGACUUAUGACAAUGAUUAGAGUGUAAUCAAACUAUUAUACUAAAUAUUUGGUCCAGAUGCUGAUGAAUCUUUCCUUUUAAGAAAACUAUGUGUCUUUGCUUUCAGGGUUAGGAAAUUAUGUAUAUGUUGAGGCUAGGUUAAUUAGUUGUCUAUGUUAUUAUGUUGCUUAUGACAUACUUAAUUUUUCCUUUCCAUUGCUUAUGCUAUAUAUAUGGUGUAUGCUA